CAGAUUGUGUGUAAUCAGUUUCAGCAGAUCAUUGCUGGCCUGCGGUGGUUUAAUGUAAUUCGUUUCCCUUUUGCCUGUGUUUGCAAUGGUAGAUUGGCCAUCUUAUCAUUUAAUGUUUCAAAUUAGAGCGGUCGCUUUCAGAACAGAUGUCCUGUUUGGCUUUCUGAACGCGGUAAUAUUUGGAGAACAGAGAAAAGGAAUCUGAUCCCUGUGUACCUGCAGGAAGCAAGCGUUUUUACAAAUCACUACAGAGGGCUCUGUGCAAAGGAGGAUGGCGGUGAACGUGUACUCCACAUCUGUGACCAUAGAGAACCUGAGUCGCCAUGACAUGCUGGCUUGGGUCAACGACUCUCUGCACCUCAGCUACACCAAGGUGGAGCAGCUGUGUUCAGGUGCGGCGUAUUGCCAGUUCAUGGACAUGCUCUUCCCGGGCUGUGUGCUCCUGAAGAAGGUGAAGUUCCAGGCCAGGCUGGAGCACGAGUACAUUCACAACUUCAAAGUGCUGCAGGCAGCCUUCAAGAAAAUGGGCGUCGACAAAAUAAUCCCUGUAGAAAAGUUAGUAAAAGGAAAGUUCCAGGACAACUUUGAGUUUGUGCAGUGGUUCAAGAAGUUAUUUGACGCCAACUACGACGGGAAGGAGUACGACCCGCAGCAGGCCCGGCAAGGCCAUGACGCUCCACCUCCCAAUCCAGGUGAACAAAUUUUCCACAAACCCAAGAAACCUUGUGGCCCCACAGUGCCCCAGAGAACGUCCCCCACGGUCCCCAAGAUCAUGCCCGCCCCCCAGAGGGCAAUCAACAACCCCGUGAGGAGGAACCCCCCCAUGGCCAGGAACGGGGGCGGGGACACCGACCCACAGAUCGUGGAGCUUAACCGGCAGCUGAUGGAUCUGAAGCUGACGGUAGACGGGCUUGAGAAGGAGAGGGAUUUCUACUUCAGUAAACUGCGCGACAUCGAGCUCAUCUGCCAGGAGCACGAGGGCGAAAACAGCCCUGUGCUCUCCCGGAUCAUCAACAUUCUCUACGCUACAGAGGACGGCUUUGCUCCACCCGAGGAUGAGGAGGUUGAUGGCCAGCCACACGAGGACCAGGACGAAUACUAAACCCCUCCCUAUACCUGCUCUCUUUCUCUCUCUCUCUCUCUCUGUCUCCCUCUCUCUCUCGGUCUGUCUCUGUCUCUCUUUCUCUCUCUCUCUCUCUGUCUGUCUCCCUCUCUCUCUCUGUCUCUGUCUCCCUCUCUCUCUCUGUCUCUCUUUCUCUCUCUCUCUGUCUCUGUCUCCCUCUCUCACUGUCUCUGUCUCUAUUUCUCUCUCUCUCUGUCUCCCUCUCUCACUGUCUCUUUCUCUCUGUCUCUCUGUCUGUAUGUCUUUCUCUCUCUGUCUCUGUCUCUGUCUGUAUCUGUCUCUCUCUCAGUUUAUCCUUUAUCACUUGUCUUCCUCUCCCCACUAUUCUUCUCUCACCCUUCUCUCCUGCUCUCUCCAUCUCUUCCUCUCUCUUUAUCCCUCGUUUUCUCUCUCUCCCUUUCUUCCAUUCCCUCAAGUUCCUCUUGCUCGUCCACCCCAGAACAACAGCGCCCCGAAAACCCAGCAGAACUUUUUUACACAGGUCCAUCAGAGGCCAAGCAGCCGGCAGGCUGACCCCUGAACCCUGACCCCCGACCCCGCCCACCGCACCACGGCACAGUGCAGUUACGGAACUUUGCGCAUAAAUUAUGAGGGAGGGGCUAUGGAACAGCAGUCUUCUUCAGUGGGACUGUGCUCUUCCAGGGCUAGAGCCACAACCCCCCAACCCACCCCCCCCCCCCAAACACACACACACACAAACAUGCCUACUCCCCACCCUCCUGUCAACCAGCUUCUGCUGCAUCGCACGGUUGCUAAGACUCAUAUUACACGCCACAAGUCAAAGAGACGCUUACCAGCACCAAAACACUGCACCUGAACCCUCUUUUGAAUUAUUUUCCAUUUUCCCUCCAAUAACUUUCACUGGUACUUUGUAAACUGUGUUCAGGGGCAAGUCAACUGAAAAAAUAUAUCAACCAUAAUCAAAGAUUUGUCCAAAAAAAAAAUGGCGAUGAUGGGGUAGCCUAUGAUUAUGUGAGGACUGAUUUAACAGCUUUUUUUGUUUUCAACGAACAGCAUGAGGCAUUUUGUUUGUUUGUUUGUUUGUUUGUUUUAUUUAUUGGUGUUUAAUUUUAUUUUUUAUCAGCUGGUGUGGGGGGGGGGGUAGGGGGCAGGAAGAUGUGGGGGUUGACAAGGGCGGUAGCAUGUCGCUAAAAAAAAAAAGAAAUCAAAGGAAGAAAAGAUCAUUUUAAAAAAUGUAAUGGCGGUUAUGGCGGGAACAGUAAAGGCCGGCCAUUUUGGCUCUUCGGCCGGCUCUCCCCCUGCGCAUAUCUCCGUUGAGCAUGUGAAUGUCAUAGAUGCAGCAGUGAAGGAGUGAUAUAUUUUUUUAUCUUCUUUAAUUCGCGGGGGUGCGACCCUCAGCGGGUGGCGGUUUCGUUCCUCUGUGCUCAUCGCCUGAGUGUUUUUACCGUGGUGCUCUUUCAGCGAAACUGUGAAAUCUUAUUUAUUUAAAGCGAUAAAAGGGCCGACUAACGUUCGAAAGGUUCGGGCUUCUAAAAUCAAGCUGAUUUUACGAAUGAUUUAAGUAAAUACAUAGAAACUGAGCACCGCACCUGGCUGACGACUUCAUUUCAGAGUUUGUGUUUUUUAGCUGCUAUUAUUAUUUUUAUUAUUUUAUUUUUUUCCAGUUUUAAAUGUUUGGAUUUGGUUUCUUUUGAUAUGUUCUGUACUCAUUCAAAAUGCCACACAGGUUGUGAUUUGAGGCGGAGGUGGGGAGUGUUGCAUUUCAGACAAGAGGCGUGUGACUGAUUGUGAGAGUUAGACUAAGCGCGCUUGCAGUGCCCCCCCCCCCCCCCCCAAAAAAAAACUGCUUGUACAAACCAACACCACAAUCCAAUCACCUGAUUUGGAAAUCUCACCUCUUAGUCUCUGAUCAAAUGUCUGAAAUACAGUGGCCAUAACAAUCUUGUGCAAAAAAAAAACAAAAA